GGUCAUGGAUGAAAGUUCGAAACGAAGUGCGCGCGCUGUCAUCUCGCACGUUUUAUUUUUUCGUCGUUGGUGUGAUGUUCUCUGGUGCGAGGAUUUCUGCACCUCACGUGUUGAGCGUUCCAGAGUGUGUGGAUAAAAAUAGUGUUUUCAUAGUUGGAGAAGGCGAGCUCGACGUCCAGAUUUAGAUAUUUUGGAAGAGAACUCAUGCUAAAUAUAAACGUGAUGUAGAUCGUCGUCGUCGUGCGAUUGGAACGAACAUUCAGUGGAGCGCGAACUACUGCGCUUUGUGUUCGUAUCAAGUGUUGUGAAAAUGGGUGAUAUAUCAGAGCCAAUAAAGAAAUGCAUUCUCAUACUAAAGUCUGCGAAAAGCGACACCGAAAAGUUCGCUGCGUUGUUUAUGGUUACGAAACUGGUAAAGAGCAAGGAUUGUAACUCGCAGGCGAAAAAGGCUCUGUUCGAAGCCAUCGGAUUCAAGUUUUUGAAGAAGCUGUUAACCAAUACCGACGUCCAAGAUGACUGCCCGCCGUCUGUGUACAAGUCAGUGGCGCUCUCCAUACUCACAAACUUUUGCAAUGACCCCGAACUGGCCACCCAUCCUGAGAUGCUUGUCAAUAUCCCAGUCUUUCUUGACAUAGUACAAGCAUCGGACAAUGAUGAUUAUGAUGACAACCUAAUUAUCAUCAGUGAAGCAUUUACAUGUCUGCAAUGUAUUGCAGAACAUGAAGCAGGCCAAAAGGCACUUAUAGAAGUGGGUGCAAUAACAAAAAUGUCAGAAAUUUAUUCACAUCAAAGCUUCCAAACAGAUGAAGCUCUUAAUAUUCUUGUAAAACUUGUGAGCAGAUAUGGCCCUGUUGCUUGGGGAAAUGACCCAAAACCUUUCCAUGCAUUGGUGAAUAAAAUAGCUUUGGAUUUUGCUACUGAUCAGUCGGAAAGAAAAUUUGAAUUAGCAUCCAUCCUCAGUGCACUUUUGUACAGCUGUAACAAAGCAACGGUUGUGCCAAGUUCAUCUGAUGAGACUUGGCCUCAGAGUAUUUAUAAGGCUCUUCAUGAUAUUCUCACUAGCAAAAUUGGGAAGAACCAAAGAGACCCAGCACUUAAACUUGCUGCCAAUAUUGUUGAUUUACUUGGCAUUGAGUGGACUUUAAAUGAUGAAGAAAAUCCAAAGAAGUUUUUCCUUUUGCUCCUUCAACUAUGUGCCAUUGAAGUCAGGAUGCAACUUGAAGAUAGGAGUUUUAAGCAGGCAUUUGCUAAUGCAGAUUUAGUUACAGCUUGUUUCAUUGUGUUGGAGCUGUCUAUAAAUUACAUGGCUACUGACCAGUUAGAUCUUGAGCAGAAAGAAAAGCAAUCAGUGUACACUAGCCUUAAGGGUGCUUUCAAUGCUGUUGUUUCUUUAUUGACAAAAGUAUCAAAUGAUAAGAACAGGGACAAAUUGCCUGAUGCUGAAAAGGUGUUUGUUUGUGCUAUGGUUCGAGUAUUAGUAGCAUGGAUUGCCCAAGAAACAACCGCCAUGAGGGAGCAGAUAUAUGCUCUACUUCCGUUUGUAUUCUCUCUUGCAAAUGAUUCCUUCCAUGCGCACCGGGCAAGGAAAUUAGCAGAAAAGAAUAAAUCUGAUGGUGAACCUAUGGAUGUGGAGACAACAUUGAUGGGACAAAUUGAUUUGUUGAGACUAAUGUUACCUGCCUUGUGUCAUCUGGUGGUUGAAGACAAGGCAAGAGAUAUAGUUCUGAACUUAAAAGAAGAAGACAUACUUUAUGAGGCUAUUAAUUUCCAUUGGUCAAUUGUGCAUUAUAAAAAGCCUCCCAUACCUAAGUCUGAAAGGUUAAAGGUCAGAACCCAACCAGAACCUGAAUUAGAUCCUCAAGUAUUAGAAGACAUGAAGGAUUCAAGAGCAGCAUUAGUCAGUCUUUGUAAUAUUUUUAUGAAUCUGACUGUCCUCGCACCCAAAGUAGUUGAAAACAGUUUAUUGUUCAAUACCCUAUUGAAGUUCAUAUUCAAUAAUUUGCCAGAAUUAAAGGAUAUUCCUGAUAACCUUGUACUCCAUGGUCACUUAGCUGUACUUGGCCUACUUCUGUUGAAACAGCAAGCUACCAAAGUAAAAAAAAAUGACUUUUCAAUAUGCAGGUAUAUCCAGUCCACAAUUAGGUUCCUUUGGGAUGCUUAUAAUGUAGAUGAAUCGAAUGAUCCCACAGCAUUAGUUGUUUCCAUGACUUAUAAGGAACAUUGGAAUGAAAUUGCUGAUUUGUGGUUUUUGGGUAUGCAAACCAUGAGUGGAGUUUUAGCCAUAGUGCCAUGGAUAUCUGAGUUUGCAAUAGAGAGUGGCUGGGCGCAAGGAAUUGCUGAGAUGCUUACUAAAGUAAAAGUUGGGACUCUUCCUCCCAAUGUAAAGUCAGCCUUUGAAGACUUCCUCUGUAGAUUAGUAGACUCGAAUGAAGCUGUAAUACCAGUGCUGAAGAAGGGUGGAGCACUGAAAAUGUGUCGAAACCACAGAUUGAUGGAUUUAGGAAAGAAACUGUUUGGAGAUUAAGUGAAGAUUUUUUGUUAUUGAUUUUACUUCUAGUGUCUAAUUGUUUUACAUUUUUGUAUUAAAAUGUGUACUUAAUUUUAAAAGCUGUUAACUUUCUUUUCUCUUGGUGAAUAACACUUCCCCUCUUGUUACACUACAUUUAUAUAAAUACAUGAUUUGCAAUGCAUUACACUGUUCUAACUAAUAAAAAUAAAUAGGUAUUUAUUUAAUAAAGCGGUUUUGAGUUUUAACCUA